AGCCACAGCCAGCCCGGAAAGGAAGCGUUGCCUGACAGGCAAGACGCAGGGAGAAAUCUUCAUAGCUUUCCUGAACGCGCAUGCGCAUUAGCGUGUGUGCGGCCGAGCACUCUGACGGCAGCCAGCCUGUAAACACCUUCACUGCGCUCCUGGAGUUUAAAAUGGCGAGCUGCUCGUGGUCAGAAAAAAUACUGCAACUCCUCCGUCAAAUGAAUAACUUUUAUUUAGCAGGUUCCUGUCGUUCAAGCUGCUCUCGUUUUGAGAUAGACGGAGCCCAGGUGGGCUGGAUUCCUCCUCAUCUGGUUUCGCUGUUAACUCGCUACCCGGAUGUGUUCAGUCCGCCGCACGGCGGCGCUGUGUCCCUGCGUCACAGCCUGGACUCAUACGGGAGGAGAUCAGAGGCUGUGGACCGCGUCCUGCAGGCUCUCAGGCAGGAGGCCUCUCUAAGCUGCCUGAAAGGAUGGAGAGAUGAGAAGUACAGUGUAAUGCCAACAUUUUCAGACCCCCCUUUGAUGUGGAUGGAAAGAGCAGCUACAAGUCUCUUUGGGGUGAAGCGGUACGGAGUCCAUAUCAAUGGCUACACUGUCAGUGGCAGUGGGGAAGUCAGCAUGUGGUUGGCACGGCGCUCCCACACGAAGCAGACGUACCCUGGGCUUCUGGACAAUAUGGCAGCAGGUGGUCUAGCUGCUGGUGUUGGCAUCAAACACACUCUGAUCAAAGAAUGUCAGGAGGAAGCGUGUGUCCCAGCAGCCAUCGCCGAGAAGGCUCGGCCAGUUGCGACAGUGAGCUACACAUAUGAGGAUGAAGAAGGGGUGUUUGCAGAAAGCCAGUUUGUCUUUGAUUUGGAACUUCCUCCGGAGUUCAAGCCCAGAAUAGGGGAUGGAGAGGUGCAUGAGUUUUACCUCCUGCCCAUCGAUAAGGUGAAGGAACUGCUAGCCACUGAUGACUUCAAACCCAACUCUGCCAUGGUAGUCUUGGACUUCCUCAUAAGACACUCAUUCAUUGAACCUGACACAGAGCCAUGCUACCAGGAAUUUGUGGAGGGACUCCACCAGACGUUAUAGACUGAAGGCACCGCGUGCUGUGUGACGUCACGUCCCUGAUCUUCAAAAACAAUCGGACUAAAGAAAUGACACAAUCAGUUGUACGUCACAUCAACAUCAAGGUUCACAGGUGUUUCUGGUGCUCAGUAGAGCCUGAUAACUUGAGGUCAGUGGUUCAGACGAUGGAUUUGAGAAUGACAAUUAACGGUUAUCCUGCAGGACACUUUGCAGGUUGUUGUGUAAAUCAGAGUAACUUUGUUGCUACAGUAAGUCACAGUAAGAAAGUUUAAGUGCAAGGAGCAUUUUAAGUUCUUUGACUGCAUUCUACAUGACAGAUCCUUUUUAGUAUGCAAAGCCCAGAGGAGCAGCUUCAUUCUUUCAUCAGACUCCAUUUUUCCCACAUACGCUGAGCAAAACAAAGUAUAGAUGGGUGGUUUGUGGGCUCCAGCACUCCAUCACAUAACCCUGCCAGAGCUGGAGGUGUGUUAGGUACUGCUGAAGAACUACUUCCUGUUUACAGACUGAUACAUGAAUGUGAUGAAUUCUUGUUGGCUUGUGCUUAAACCUUAACUCCAAAAAGGCAGCUUUGAGAUUAGUCACACCAAUAAAGCACUACAGUGGACCUUG